AGCUCUCAUCUCCGUUUCCCCCACCAGCCCUGAAGGCAUCGGCAGGGGCAGCUCGCGAUUCGAGAGGCAGCAGCUGUGCCCGGAGGAGGCAUUGCAUUGACUUGCACUGCGCAUCCUCCCUCCCCCUCCUCUGCUGCUGCAGGCUUCUUCCUUUCAUCUCUCCAUACUCUCUCCGCUCUCUCCUGCAUCUCUCCCUCCUGCAUUCCUCCCGGCCUGCGUCCCUCCCUCCUACAUCCUUCCAGGCCUGCAUCCCUCCCUCCCUCUCUCAUCCCCUCCCGGCCUGGAUCCCUUCCUCCAUCCCUCCCUCUUUCCCUCUCUCUGACUGCGCAGAGCCGCGGACAUGGCGCUCAGCAAUUUUCUCUUCGCUCAGUGCAUUUGCUACUUCCUGGCCUUCCUCUUCAGCUUCAUCGUGGUGGUGCCUCUCUCCGAGAAUGGCAAUGACUUCCACGGCCGGUGCCUGCUUUUCACCGAGGGUAUGUGGCUGAACGCUAACCUGACGGUGGAGCGGCAGCGCUUCACGGUGCAGGAGUGGGGGCCCGAGGCCGCCUGCCGAUUCAGCAUCUUCACCGGGCUCCUCUCCCUGCUGCUGGCUACAGUGCAGGCCUGGAGGACCCUCUUCUUCCUCUGCAAAGGGCACGAGGACUCUUUCUUUUAUGCCUUCCUGAAUCUGCUGAUCAGCGCCUUUGUGGUGUUCAUCACAUUUAUUGCUAGCACUAUAGUGAGUGUAGGAUUUAACAUGUGGUGUGAUGCAAUUACCGAAAAAGGAACCAUGCCAAAUAGCUGUGAAGAAUUACAGGAUAUAGAUCUUGAACUGAAUUUAGAAAACUCUGCUUUCUACGACCAAUUUGCUAUUGCACAGUUUGGUCUCUGGGCUGCUUGGCUGACUUGGCUGGGAAUUACCAUUCUGGCUUUUCUGAAGGUUUAUCACAACUACAGACAGGAGGACCUGCUAGAUAGCCUGAUCCAUGAGAAGGAGCUGUUGCUAGGAAGAUCUUCUUCACGAACCUCUUUGCAAGAUGAGAAAAGUGGCAUGAUCUAGAGUGUAAGCAAAUUUCCAGGGCAGGAUCUUGAUUUUAUUAUUCAGUAGUGUGAGCUGAAGUUGAGUCAGUGUAUCGAGUGUGCAAGAUUUUUUUCUUUCCUUAAAGAGAUGUAUUUGUGAAUUACCCCCUUCCCCUAUGAGCAAUUGUUGGCAGAAAUAUUUAUAUUAAGUCAUAGAGAAUUGAAGACCCAUGUGCCACUGCACAGGAAAAUUUCUGUCCUGAAGAGGCACAAUCUGUAACCUGCUCUUGCUAGCAGAGCUCCUAUGUGCUAUUGCUGUCUUUUGGGCAGGGGUUAUUUUUGAGGACCGAGCUGUCAAGAACAGGCUACAGAAUCAAGGCCAUUUCUUGAAACUAUUCUGCAAUGAUAGCUGUAACUGGGGCUGUGUCUAGUCCCUCUUUUCUCACUUUCCUCCCUGUUGUCAGUAAAGAUGCCCCUAUUUUCACUUCAUUGUGGGUAAUUGCAGCUGUGGCCCUGAUACAGGCUCUCACUGUGUCUGAUUUUGCUAUGUACUGGUGCAGUGCUGACAAACCUGUUGCUCCUGCUCCACUUUUAAUUUCAUUUAGAACACAUCUGUGAUCCAGACUUGAUAUUUAAUAUUGGUAAGUGUUAACAAAUUUCAUGAAACCACUAUACUAUUACAGUAUCUGUCAAAAACUGUGUAUCAUUUGGAAGGAUGGUGGAGAUUUUUUGUGGUUUUCUUUCUUCUUAGAUUUUUGCAUGUUGAACGUUUAUUAUACCUCCUGAACUCUAGUGUAGCUAGCUAUUGCCAAAGCUUGCAUACUAAGAAAUUAGGCUGAAUAGAUAGCAUUAAUGCUCGUGCAUUUGUAAAUGUAACUCUGCCCCUAACAUUGUACACUAUUCAGUUUUGAGUAUUAGAAUUUACUUGUGCUGUUUAUUUGAUAUAGAGUAUGCAAAAUUACUGUAGACGUUUACAUUGUAGGUAUCUCUAUAUAUCUAUGAGCAUAACAAGAAGGUUGAACAGCUGUUAUUUUAUAGGUAAUUCGGUACUGAAUGUGUCUAUUCUCACUCAUGGGCAGGAGUUCCAGGGCUGAUGAAUUUUGCUGUGAAAAGGGAGAACUGUUUUCAUUUGGUUUGGGUUUGUUUGUUUUUUCAACAAAGCUCACUAGUGACUUUGCUGUCACUUUGAGUUUUGCUUGGCCAGUGCUUCUACAAAUAAGGUGGAUGGUUGAGAUGAGAAAUUAAGAUUAAGAAGAGUCACUCAAAUAUGGAAUUGGCAUGGCAUAAAAGUAAAAUUGUGCUGGAGUUACAAAGUUAUCCCCAGGUACGUACUACACAGAAGCCUGAUUCAGGAAAAAUCUUAAACAAGCAGUUAUAUUUAGGCUGAAGAAUAUUUUUUGGGAGGUCACUAACACUGCCUGCUCUGUUUGAGUUGAGACUGAAUUUAUUGCAACAUAAGUGCAAACCAUGCUUGUAUUUCUUGGUUACUAGGAAGGAGGAAAGAGAAAACAGUAGAUUUCUACCCUGUCAGAGCUCAAGCCUGGGGCUAGCACAAAUGUGCAGAUCUACUGUUGCCUUCUGAUACCUAAGCAUUUUUUGGAAAGAGAAUUUGAAGCUGUAACAAAUGCCUGAACUAGUAAGCAUUUUAGGGCAUAAAAUCUAACAUUGCAUAUAACAGAUACAUUUUUCUCAUAGAUUUAGGGAAAAACCCCUGUGAACACUGCUUAUAAAUCCAGUUAGCCACAGCUCUGCAGAUGCAGAGUGGUCUUGUUUUCCCCUGUGACUUCUGCCCACAAGGAGAUGCAAUUGCUCUUAAAGCUUUACAGUGGUGACUUUUUUAUAGUGGUGAAUUAACGUAAGUGGAGUAGUUCCUGAAGUGGGAAUCAGAGAUCAAAUUAGUUACACUCCUUUAAGAUUCAGAGGUCAGGGCUGUUGGAGUGCCUUUUUUCACUCAUUUGGUCUAAUAAGAGAUACACUCUUGCAGUUGUCUAAAACCUUUGUCAGGGUAUGACCCUCCCCUUCAUACUCUGAAGAAGAGCUUGGGUCCUGACAGUCAGCCUGUUCCUUACGUUUCCCCAGUUGCUUCUCCACUUAAAUUUAAGACUCAGCAGUGAUGUCUCUUCUUGCAAAUUACCUCAGUGCAUGCCUUACUACUCAUGUGGAACCAUGCUGUUGCUUUGUAUGGUGUGCUUUACAUGUGCCAAAUCAGGCCUGGGCUGAAGUAACGCGUGUUGAGAUCACGCUUCCUGGUCUUCCCUGGGGGUUUGAAGAUGCAGGGGGACAGAAGACAGGAAGUGUCUCCUCCUCAGUCUUGUUUUAUGAUACCAGAGCUCAAGCCUUGAGGAUGAUG